UUUGGUAAAAUGAAGGGGAUAUAUGCUCUUUGUACCAGAGGGGUGUGUGCAGUGUUGAUAACUGCUUUUGUCUUUGUUGUGCAGGGAGGAGUUUGUAGCAGCCUUUAUAGAGCACGUGUUCACCAGAUCAGUGCAGAGGCAGUUUCAGGAGUUCAGACGCGGCUUCUACAAGACCGCCGACCGCCACAUGGUGGAGCUGUUCAGCCCUGAGGAACUAAGGGACCUCAUGGUAGGACAGGAGUGCACUGACUGGACCAAGCUCAAGAAGAGUGCCGUGUAUGAAGGGAUCUAUAAGAAAGAUGACGAAAAACACCCCACCAUCCAGAUGUUUUGGGAGGUCUUUGAUGAGCUCACAGAAAAGGAAAGGAACGCACUUCUUUGGUUCAUCACUGGCUUUGAGAGGCUGCCCAUUCUCCGUGUGGACUUAAAGAUUCCAAGGCCUGCCCCAGCAAGAGGAGAGGCUGAGUGA